AUGGCUGGGUGUCGGACAGACUGCGUUGAGAAGCCAUUCUCCAUUGGAUUUCAGAAAUUCGGCCGUUUCGUGGGAAAGCAUCCUUGGUGGUUCUUUAUCUGCCCUCUGGUCAUCUCUACGGCGCUCGGGACUGGGUUUUAUUUUCUUGAGGACAUGGAGGCCAACAACAUUGAGGACCAAUUUACACCAGUAAACGGACCCGCAAAACUUGAGAGGAAAUUUGUAGAAGAGAACUUUCCGCUGAAUAACUCGGUGUAUUCAAACCAGAGACUGUACACCAUGGGGGAAUUUGCAUCCUUCAUAGCUGUCUCAAGAGAUCCCAACAUCUUCACCGAUGGAGCCAUCAAAGAAAUAUUAAGUUUAGACAAGAAGGUCCGGGAAAUAAAACAUUCGAGAGGUCAUGAACAGCUUACAUAUGAAGGACUUUGCGCCAGAAAAUCCAAUAAAUGUAUUCCCAAUAAAAUAUUAGAUAUCAUGAAUCAUUAUGGUAGCAACAUUGACCAGACUGAACUCACCUUUCCAUUUUUCCGUUUUGGAUUCACAACAAUAUUUCUAGGAUAUUCUGUCGGUGGAGUUAAUGUAAGCUCAACAGUCAUAAAGAGUGCGAAAGCAAUACGACUUUUUUAUUCUCUGAAAGAAGGUAACCGCUCUACAACAGAUCUGUGGCUAAACGAAUUCCUCAAGGUUUUCCCCUCCAACCAGUCACUGAAUUUCAUCACGGUUACACAUUCUACAUCACUGUCUAGGCAGGUGGAAUUCGAGGCCAACACCAGGGACGUUAUCCCCUUGUUUUCCAUCACAUAUGUUAUCGCCAUAGUCUUUUCCAUUGUGUCUUGCUUAAGGUUUGAUUGUGUGAGGAACAAGGUAUGGGUGGCCACCUUUGGAGUAUUAUCUGCAGGGCUUGCUGUGCUGUCUGCCUUCGGGAUGAUGCUGCAUAUUGGAGUGCCUUUUGUAAUGACUGUGGCUAACUCCCCCUUCUUGAUAUUGGGUAUUGGUGUUGAUGACAUGUUCAUCCUCAUAUCCUGCUGGCAGCAGACCAACGUUCACGCCCGGGUGGAAGACCGCUUAGCAGACACAUACAAGGAGGCGGCCAUUUCCAUUACCAUCACCACCCUGACGGAUGUGUUAGCCUUCUACAUCGGGCUCAUGACUCCAUUCCGCUCUGUGCAAUCCUUCUGCCUGUACACCAGCACGGCCAUCUUGUUCUGCUUCCUUUACAGCAUCACCUUCUUCGGGGCGUUCCUCGUACUGAAUGGGAGGCGUGAGAACAGCAACAAGCACUGGCUGACGUGCAAGGAGGUCCCAGAGGAUUGCCCCGUGGGUCGCUCAAAAUGGUACGACCUGUGCUGUGUGGGAGGAGCUUACGACCGCCAUACUGGAGCAGAGGAAGUACAGCCCAUGAAUCACUUUUUUAAGAAGCACUACGGCCCUUUUCUGGUAAAGCCCUGGACCAAGGUGUGCGUAAUCCUGCUCUAUUCAGUUUAUUUGUCCAUCAGCAUUUAUGGAUGCUUCCAGAUACAGGAGGGUAUUGACCUUCGCAAUUUAGCUGCUGAUGAUUCAUAUGUGAAUAGGUAUUAUGAUGAUGAAAAAGCCUACUUUUAUGAGUAUGGGCCAAAUAUCAUGGUAAUCAUAAGAGGUGAAUUUGCAUACUGGGAGGAAAAGAAUAUGUUGGAUCUUGAAUCUUGUGUAGAGGACUUCAAAAACCUGUCCUUUAUUGAGAAAGAUAUCUUUACAUCCUGGCUGAAAUCGUAUAAAUAUUAUGGGUACCAUACAAAUCUGAAUUUGAGUGUUGAAAAUGUUUUCAAGACAAACCUAAGUUCGUUCCUGAGAUCCUACUCUGACUUCAAGCAAGACGUAAAUUUCACGAAUAAUUCCAUCCGUGCCUCACGCUUCUUCAUCCAGACUGUCAAUAUCACUACUGCCAUUGAUGAAAUGAACAUGUUAAACAAUCUGCGAGAUACUGCUAGGAGAUGCUCUGUCCCGCUACUGGUAUAUCACCCUGUCUUUAUAUACCAUGAUCAGUACGCUGUCAUAGUGAGUAACACCGUUCAGAAUAUCUCCGUCACCACAGCAGUCAUGUUAUUGAUCUCCCUCCUACUGAUUCCAAACCCGCUCUGUUGUCUGUGGGUGACGUUCUCCAUCGCUUCUGUCAUUGUGGGCGUCACUGGUUUCAUGGCAUUGUGGGAUGUUAAUUUAGACACCAUAUCCAUGAUCAUUCUUGUUGUCUGUAUUGGAUUCUCCGUGGACUUCUCCGCACACAUUUCCUAUGCCUUUGUUUCCAAUAAGAAGCCAACUGCAAACGAGAAAGCCGUGGAAGCGCUGUUCCAUUUGGGCUAUCCCAUACUUCAGGGUGCUUUGUCAACCAUACUGGGCGUGAUAGUGCUGUCUGCUUCCAAGAACUACAUCUUCAGAACCUUCUUCAAGAUCAUGUUCCUUGUCAUCUUUUUCGGACUGUUCCAUGGCAUAACUUUUAUCCCUGUCUUUUUGACAUUCUUUGACUUUUUCAGCAGCAACUCAGGCAAUGUCAGCCCUCAGGAGAAAAGGGCGCUGGAAAACCAAGCCAUGACCAACUGCCAACCCAAAAACAUCCAAGAGAAAGCCAUUGAUCACGACAAGCAAAUCUAUGACAAUCACACCUUCCUGCCAGACAAUCAGCAAUUAUUCCCAACACAGCCCUGUCCCUCAGUCUGGACACUGACUGUCAACACCCAUCCCACCCAAAGUGAUCCUGUUCCUUGA